AUGAAGUUCACACUCGUUCCCCUCCUCGCCGGCAUUGGCGCCAUCAUCAGCUCCGCUCCCGUUGCGGCUCAAAACUCUGGGUUCGCUCUUGGAGUCCACGAGGAAUAUUCGUGCUCGAGCGGUGGCUGCCAGCGAGAAUGGUCCAUUGGGGCCGUCAAUUUGCAGAACGGGGCCACCGGCAAGGACAAGGCCACCGGUGUCGGGCGCAGCAUCUAUGACAUCUGCGGAUCUACCAUCUUUGGCGCGCAGGUGUGGGCGACAAGAGCCCCCAUCAACCGCAACUGGAUCGACAACUUCUUCCCCAAGAGCGGAGAGAGCUGGGGCGUCAACUUCAUCUGUGACCAGCCGUAUAACCCUGCCGAGGUUAGACUGUACGAACACAUCAACUACGGUGGCCGAGAGGUCGAGCUCACCUGGCAGUUGGAGAAGUGCUACAACCUUCCCACCUGGGCCCGUAACCAAAUCAGUUCGGCCAGAAUCAACUCAAGGCUUGCUUGCCGCUUCUACGACAACUUGGAUUGCAAGGGAUCGACUCAGCUUGACAACAGGCGAUCCGACAUCUCCAACUUUGCUUCUCUGGGCUGGAACGAUAAGAUUGAGAGCGCUAUCUGCAUCUGGGUCUAA